AUGGCCGAUAGGCAGUUCGCGCUGGCUGGCAUCACCCAGCAAGCUACGAAGUUUCACUACAUAGUCAGCAACCUAUCUCCGCAAAUCGCGGUGGAAGUCACUGAUAUUCUGACGGCACCCCUCACCCCCAACGCCUACGACGACCUUCGGAAGGCAGUCACGGUCAGAAUCAUGACGUCGAAGCGCGAGCGCUUGCGCCAGCUGCUAGCAGCCGAAGAACUCGGCGAUCGCACACCCAGUCAGCUGCUCCGACGUAUGCAGAGCCUCCUCGGCUCUCGGCUUCCAACCUUCGACCGAUCCCUCCUGAAAGAACUUUUCCUGAGCCGGCUCCCUCAGCAGACACAUGGUACUCGCGGCACUUCCGCGGAGGCACUCGCUGAAGUCGCCGACCGGGUAAUUGAGGUUUCACGAGGCACAAUUGCCCACGUUCCCACCCCAUCUCCUGCUUUUGAGGUUGUGCCGCCCUCCACUUCUGGCCACGUUCCCCAAGCGACCGAGCGACCCUCCUACCCUGUGCCUCCUUCGCCUGCAGAUCCAGUUGCCCUUCGUUCGGAAGUUCAGGAACUCCGACAGCUUAUUAACGAUGCCUGA